AUGGAUGUGCUUACUCGUGAAAUGCUAACCGAAAAGCCGAAAUGCGUUUUUGCCUCAAAAAGAUCAAGUAAGUAGGCUGGUUAUAGUGGUUGCCGUGUAGCAUAAUCCCAAGAUAUUUAAAUUGCUUCGGAAUGCCGACUUUCGAUUAAACUUUUUCCGGCCGUCUGAAAACUACACCCAAUGAAAAAUAACCGCUUCAGAGAUGCUAAUUUUUUCAUCGGUUUUUGCUGCCCAUGUAACUUCAAAUACAUUUCGUUGAAAACAUGCAUAAUAAUGUUCAGUCUUUCUAUCGUUUGGUAGUUAAUUACGUCUUCUUCAAAGUUUGGGCUUGAAGGCACGGCAUAAUUUGGUUUUACAAACUUCUCCAAAUUCCGAAUAAUUUUUAACCCGACCCAUCGUGAUACUUGCAUUCGGUGUUUCUUAACUACAAGUUGUAUAUUCUACUUCUAGGGGAAAUCAUGCAAUUUUACACGCUAUUGGAAGGAGAAUAUGUAGGGUUCAUGCAGUUUAUCAGUGGAUUUUUGCCAUAGUGUAAACCUAACAAGCAACACCAGUUAAUGCAAGGACACGAUAUUUAUGAACGGGUAUUUCAUGGUCUUAAGAGAUCCCGCAAUUAGGAACUUCUUAAAAACAGAACUAUACCUUUUCUUUAGGCCAAAAACUUAAAGGAGAUGCAAUUGUUUACCGAAUUACUUGAAAGAAUGAAUAUUUUAUGCAUGUCUUCUAUGACAUAUCUGAAUCUGCAUGAUCAUCGAAAAUCAAGGAGAAAAAUUUCCACUACAUAAACAGUCUUUUUUCAUAAGGUGCAGUUUUUAGAGGUGGUCGGCAAAACGUUCAUUCGAAAGCCUGAUUCCCGACGUAACUGAAAAAUGUAGGGAUAAGGCUUCAAGAUAAUCAAUCUAGCAACCCUAAUUAAGUAAAUUUUUUCGAGUCGAAAACGCAAUUCGGAAUUUUGGUUAACAUUUCCUGAGUUAGCACACCAACUGCAAUUGGGAUGGCUUACUGACUAACUAAUUAAAGUAACUGACUAAACGGGAUGACCAGAGGGCGAAGUCCGACUAAUUUUUGAUUAUUUAAGUCACCAGUUUUUCAAAUGGAUACUUUAGUAUAAACGUUUAAUUGCGUGAAAGGACGGCCGACACUUUCUAUGGCAAGAGAAACCUAAUACCUUCUCCCACUUCCAAGAGCCUAUUAAUUGUAACUUUUGGGUCUAGUUUCAAAAGCCCCUCCUUUUACGAAUACGUGCAGCAAAAUGUCCCUUUAGUAAGCUGUGGAUAUAUUCUUAGGCAACUGUUUGCCCGUAGAUCUGAAGGUGCUCUGCAGUGAUCGAUGAUAUUGAGAAAGGCUGAAAUACCGGCUGCUGUCUAAAACUAUGGUGAUGUUACGUUUUGGAUUACAAAAGAGCUCCUGGCCUGUUUUUCAAAAUAUGUUCAUAGGCUCGUAGCUUCUUAGUCAUGGCUCUUGUUUUUUUGAAAGGUUUAAAUGUUAAUAUCCAGACGGACGGCGAAAUUAUAAGCGACCGAAAAGUACAAUUACACUAUUUCCCGACAUCAUUGCUUUUGAGUCUUAUCUCACAUUUGGUCGGUUUUUUAUGCUGUCCUGGUAACGUUUGUACAAAGGGCCCUUAAAAGGGCUAUUUCGUAAUGAAGGCUUAGGAUCUUGAGCGACAAUUACACAUCAAGUCUUUCCCUCAAUUAUGAGCCAUUUAGCCUGCGAGAUCCGGACAAGUUUUCGAAUUUUAGUUGCUUAAUAUACUAUGCCUUUGCUGUUACACGUCGUUAGUUACGACUUCUCCUGUGAAUUAUUUUAUGGAAUGUACAUAAGGGCAGACCAAAGUAUGUAGUUAACGUUUUUUACCAGUAUAAUUAACAUUCAGGUUAAAGAGAUCACGAGCGGACCUUUCCUACAAAGGUCUUUUAAAACAUAUCCAUGUAUGUAUUUACGUAUAACAAUCUCGUUAAAUUAGUUUAUUUGUUGCAAAACCUCGUUCUUUACCUUGACAAAAACGAAUUUUCGCAUACUGAACUAGUGAUGCGUCCAAAGUUAUGACUUUUACGUCGGCGAAUUCUCACUUACCUAACUCUACGCUUAUCAUAAGCUCGGUUCCACCAAAUAUUUGCUCCUAUGCUCUUUAACUUCAUGAAUAACCGUGUCGUGCAAAUGAAGUUCCUAUAUGCAAAAUCAUAUUUCUGUGAAUUUUAGAUGAGGAAGAGGAUACCAAGGCGUUUUUUCUCGACAGGAAGAUUGAAGUUAAGAACAACAAAGAUGUCGAGGCCGAUUACAAUAUAGGGGAGUACAUUGGCAGGUUCGUAAAUUUUUCUCCCAACGCUAACGUGUUCUAGGGACACAGACUUUGUUUGCGAAAAUCAUAUAGGCAAAAUGUUUUCCGAGACAGCGGAGGCCGACAAAAAUACAUGUGUGCUAUCUCACAGUAAAAAACGUCGCCUACUGAGGAUGCAUUCAACUGUAACCCGACUGUCUUGUUUUGAAUAUAGUGCUGUUCAACGCAGCAGGCCCCAACGACGAUCUAAGUCAAGAACAUUAAAAAUAAACACUUUUUGCACAAAAUGAAUAAAUACUAGUAAACGUAACGGUUAAAAAAUUGUACCUGUGCAAUCCAGACAAACAUCUACCAAACAAGCAACAUCUUAGGUACAGAAUAUCCGUACAACCCUCUUUGUGCUUCGGGUACACAAGGAAAUAACGGACGUAAUUAGAAGGCACCUUGUAAACUACCGCGAAGAAUUCAGCCCGUCAGCCGUUCGACAUAUUCCAUUAGUUGCUUUAAGUCAGUGUUGAUGGUCUAAAUUAGAGACCAAAGUACGUGCUCUUCUCUAACAUUUAUCUGACAUUUGUCCCUUUAUCAUUUUUGUACUAUGCCUUUUGCAGUCGACUGCAUGCAUUACCCCCGUGCUUUAAUGCAUUUGCAAACAGGGAUGAUAUUUCUUUUAACAACAGUUUCGCCCUCUCAUCAUAUAAGUCAGUCUUUUUUCGCAGGCAUCUGCCCUGCAUAUAUUUCGCGUCCCUUGCUUUCAACCCAUCCUCACCCUGACUGCUGUCCUACAUCGGAAUAUUAGCUAACACCACCUAUCGUGACUGCCCAAAAAGACAUUGAGGAAUUUUGAUCCCCUAGUACAACUCAGAACUGGCCGUCCAGGUUCUAACUAAGAGUUUAAUCGACUCGUCUGACAAUUCUGAUUGGUUCGUUUGUUUGCAUUACGGUGUGUCAGGUCCAUAAAGGUGAUAUGUUAUUUACACGCUAUUAGAAGCUGUCUGAACCAUAUUUUAAUGCAUUUUCGGGUAAAACGAACUCUCUUCACCAAAGGGUGUAGUUAAAAAGCACUCUGCAUCACCCACUGAUCACUGGGACGGCUGUAGGCAGGUUGAAAGCAUACCUGUAACUACUGAACAUAGUUCCGACUAUUCGCUCUCCGAAGUUCUUGUAAGGACACCGAAGCUAAAAGUACAGCUAACUCCAUACAUUCCCGGUUAACAUUCGUUCUCACACAAACACGACAGCUUAAUAGCUCCAAGGAAGAAAGUUGAGCUAAUGCAGACAAAGAAAAAGGUGGAAGAGUCUGGAACGCAGAUUUCUUCGAUGCUUGUUUUUUAGUGAACUGAUGCAGCGCAAAGCUGUAUAACGAAGCAGACGAUCUACAAUACCCGAAAAGUUAACCACCGAAAGAUCCUGGGACCAAUAUGCACUACUGCAUAUUAUUAAUAUGUUCGAGGUAUGCUUCCAUUUCCAGCAACCACCACAGAUCACCUCCGGUCACUAUACGGCAACUGCUGUCGGGUGAUUAGAGAUGCGACCGGGAAAGUUCCACCACGAAGAAGAACAAGGCACUUUAUCUGCCAGACAGAUAAUAAUUUAUGUCAAAUUAAUUACCAGCAUGGCGGCCACAUCGAAAUUAGGCGGGUGUUGUCGGGAAUGCAAACUCAUAACAGAUGCUACCAAAAGGGUGUUGUGAAAGGCCCAGUUGCCGGGCAACCGACGUCGUUUCACCGCAUCUUCUUUGCUUCAAAAUUCCCUGUCAAUGUAUGUUGUGAACCAGGGGGGUGGUGGUAUGACUACGUUCAGGUCCGUCGGUGGCAGCCAUUUGUACUCUCUCAUUCUGACUUGACACCGGGCUCAGGUAGAAGAAGAGAGCAGAGUGCGGUAGAUGCAGCGAAAUUCCAUUGUUACGAUAAAAAAAAUCACGCGCAAGUCACUGUGUCUGCUCUCACCCGGCCGGUGGUACGCACGGUGGACACCAGUGGCCACGUCGGAUCGAAGUGCCACCUUAGAGAGACUGGUAGUCGAAUACGAUCGGUUGACCGUCGCAAGCGACGACGUUAACCAUGGACAGCGCGAAUUGAACGCAGCAUCGUCGACAUACGCACGACUUAGUCUAAGGUGUAGCAGGCUUGCGCAGUGCUUAUCUCACUAUCUCCUUCCCCACUUCCCUUACUCCAAUGGCAAGAAGGCUACAAGAUGACCAGAGGUAGGGGCGAGCGCAGUGGCUGAGAAGCAUAAGCAGCCCGCUUAUGUGUGUCCUACACAACCUGAUCUGAGCUACCUGUACCGGGUUCCUGAAGAGGCGAUUCGAACCGCAACGCAGCGAGACUAGAGUUCCGAUCUCCUUAAGAAGGCCCCUUUGCAGCUUCAUUGCAGUCCUGAAGUGUACCAAGUUGUUUUGUCAGUUUGAAAACCUUCAGAGCCACAACUCUUAACAAGUCGUAGCACGUUAAUUUAUUUUAGUCAUGAAUAUCCUCCCUUGUUUUGGGUACGGACGACCAGUGACGGCCUCACUCUCUCAUACAUCAAUCAACUGUUUGAGCCUCCCAACUAACGACUGAUAAAAUUGAGCGCAUUGGCUGACACAGCGUGAAGACCCAUAUCUAAUUUGCUCCACAGCACGCAGUGUACAGCAGUGGUUAUGGAUUCGUGCGAACUCAGCGCAGCUCAAUAAAUGCGUGCCGCAAGUCCUCUAUUCACUGCAUCCAUAGAGCAGCCAGUUACGGGGGCUAGGAGUGUAUGAACAGUCAUGAACAAGCACUGCAAGACCGUCCGAAUAACUGGCGCCUGACUUGCUACAUAAACCAGAACAUCUAUAAAUUGCUGCAGAACCCCCCUGCCCUGCCGUCUAUUCGAGCCUUUUCUUACCCACAUCAGGGCAGGUAAACCGCAGGCAAUGGCUCACUGGUCAACUUUAUUGCCAGCGGAGACAAUAGCUGCCAUUUUUUAAAUGGGCAACUGUUCAUCCCCUCCUCCCGUUGCUAGAUGAUCGGUCUUGGCCCGUGGAGUGGCAGUCGUAGUAGUGUUGCCUGCUCAUCCACGGCUGCCGAACGACCAGCAAUCCUCCCGAGCUGCUAGGAACAUCGUAAAACCCCGUGGAGCGCAUCGUCGUUUCAUCUCCGGAUUAUGGAAAUCUAGGGUUCUUGCGUCCACGUAUUACCCACCCCCCCCCCUUAUUUCUGAGAAAGUGCUCGUGUUCCUGUCAUAAAUAAUGCUCGUAUUGGGGAAAAGACCAGGAGAAAGCGUGCUGUGAAGAAAAGAUUUUGGAUGGGAUUAUUAUCAAAAAUAAUGGGAUUGACCAACUUAGACCGACCCACCAUCCUGUAGCCCAGACAUACUUGCUACCAGGUGUUCCCUUGUUUAACCUCCAAACUCCUCCAGUUGGCCCAUUACCUGAGAAUGAUUUUAUGACCGUCAGUUGAAAUAAAAGCUCACUAUAUGCGGAGCACUUCAGAGCUUGGUUAAGGGAAAUUAGCCCCACCCAAGCGCUUAAGGAUAUUGUUGAUGUUGACUCCCUAUCUCCUAAUGGUUUAGGGAGGGACCCAGAAAAUACAGACAUUAAAGCUAGGAUGAAAAAAGGUUUGUUAUUUGGGUUCUGCUAAACCCUUUUUGGAGUCUGCAAACCCUGUUAUUUUAAAGGAAAUCAUCACAGCAGCUAACAGGUGAAUGUCAGCCAGCAAAUAUAUUUCUCCGCGCACAUAUAAAUGAAGGCAAAUGAGACUUGGUUCUCCUCUGUCGCAGUCCUCUAUCCAAAAGUCACUGACUUUGUCAUCUAGAUAGCAUGUCUCAGAGCAUUCAGGAAAAUCAAAAUUAAUGGACUACACAGUCAAUCGAAUGACAUUCAUCACUGUAUCUAGUAUUCCAACUGUCAUGCAGGACGAAAGGGAGUCAGCAAAUUACAGGUUAGGGGAGCGAAACUAUGGAGCCAACCAUUAUUUGCGUAGACUGAGAGCGAGGUCGGCAGCGCUAGCCCCUUCUGCAGGCAAAAAGUUGCUGACAGGGUCGUUGGGCCCAUUGUUGCCUGAGUUCUAUUGGUUGGCAUGAUCGUAGAAGCCAUCAUUGAUCAAAAAAUCAGAAAGCUCGUAUCCACUGAGCAAGCUGGGACAUCUUUGGUAGCGAGAAGACGAUUGGUUCGCGAGACCAACUGCCAUGGCGGGCAGCAGAUGCACCGGAAGGCGCUGACUCUCGUUAGCAGCCCAAGUCGGCGCACUAAAGCGAGGUCACGUCCAAACCCGGUUAUGCACCCCCAGCGGAUUGGGGGACCUUCCAAGAGAAGAGCAACAUGAUCUGUAAAUCAUGCGGGAAACCAAAGAAACAGAUGCCGAAAUGUACACUUUGAUUAAAGCCACAUGAUAGCUGGAGUACAGGGGUUCUAUUUGCACAAUUUGCUAACUCAAAUUGUAUGAAUGAUAGAAGUACUUAGUAAAAACGGGAAGGACUACGUAUGCGCGAGGAGGCAAAAUCCCGUCUCAACAUUUAUUCCGAAUGUUUUCUACUAUGGGACCCUUCUUUCCGCCGUUUAUCCUCACCCAUAAAAUCCGCGCUAUACUGUAACUUGGUUUUAGUGCCCUGAAUGGGGUCACAUACUGCGUCAUUGUCGUAAAAACUGUAUAAUAUUUUAUUUUUGUUACUUUCCUUCUAAUGUGUGUAUCUUCAGCCUACCGCACUUCAGCAUGAUACAUUUUCCAGGCUAAUUCUCCGAAAAUAUUUCAUACUUAAGGUGUCAUCAUAACUUAAAUUGUCCGUUAUUGUAACUUGAAAUUUAUUCAAGGAAAUAGUUCAUGCUAAGUAGACAAUUACUUUGACAUGGUCACACGAAAGGGAUCUCUAGUAGGUAUGGGCCAGUUUAACGGCUGGCCGGGGAACCGCUCCUCCUCUUUCUAACAUUCAGUAAUUAAUGGCGGAGUACUCCAUCCCAUCGAAAGGUGAUGCUGGUUAAACUAUGUGGCCCUUGAGGUCUAGAAAUUAAAACAUUACGUGGUACCGCCAAAUAACUUUCCCCAUUACUUUAACCCAUCCCAGUCUCUCAGAUCAUGGCUUGUUAAUAGCCAAUUCCAGUUCUUUGAAUUCUUCAACGGUUUUCUAGGUAGAAUUUUGCGCUUAACAUUUUUAUAAUGCAACGGGAUAUCUUUUUCAAUUCGCUACUAAUUUGAACUAGCAUAACAUACAUUUUUUCGAAGUAGGUCACAAUGGAGCCUAUAGGUGGGGUAAUGAAUAAGAGGAUGGAAAAUACGGAAUUGGGGAAGUUAUAUAUAAAUAUAUAUAUGGGGUCCAACCUUAAAAUGUCAUGUGCCGGAGACUUUACUCCUGUCCAGCACCGAAUAAUUUCUGAAAUUAUUCGCUGAGAUUCGUCUCUAAAUUUCAUAUACCAAAAACGCGCGGGAGAACGAUGGGGGGCCCACUGAAGAGCCGAACCCCACGCAGCUGUGUCACGCAGCGACAGAGUUUCGGCGAAACACGUGUCUGGGCUUUCAGUUAAUAUCUAUGUCGGGAGUACGGUAUAAUAUGUGUGCCAUAUAUAUAUAUAUGUGUCAAUCUUCAUACCUUAAAAAGGUUAAGACUUGUAGGUUAACGUGGUUUAUACUAAAUGUCUUCACUUUUUAUAUCCUGUUGUUAAAUUUUACAACUGCUGUGGGAUUGCGUUAGCAUUUCAACUAUUUGAUUAGACGAAUCCAUGUUAGUACGAACGGCACAAACUUGCCCGCUCCGGCAAAUAAACCAUUCCAACGAGCGCUACACUCCGUCAGAAACAAAAUUUUGAAGCGAAAACCAGAUUCCAUACAGAAAGAACGUCCGUAAUUUGAAUUCCGUGUCUGCAAUCCAUCCCAGGGAGCAAAACAAACGUACAAACUUUCCUGGUCAAAUUAAUUACCCUAGCUGCCAAUGCACAACAGAAUGCAAGAAAACGACCGCCACAGGCAAAAGAGCAAGCUAAAGGAUUCGGGCGUCUGGUAAAUGAUUUGUCGGAAAAAUCCGUGAACGGAAGCUUACAUAGGAUGCACCUGUACUGCGGGUUCACUUUUUUCAAAAAACAUCCUCACUCAAUUCUGUUUCUGCGACAGCCUCAACCAAGGCGGAAACUCUGCACUUCCUUCAAUACACAUGUAAUGCCGCAACGGUAGGGCGAAGGACCCCACGUAACUGUCCGCAGACGUGGUUCACGUCAUACGGAAAUGGUGAGAAUAGCGCCUUUACAGGUGGGGCAAAAUACCAAGCAGAAAGCUUACGAAAGGCAAGAAAACACACAACGCCACUGAUUUGAUCUGUAAUCGGCCCAGGUGUUGAGACAUUAGUACUGCUGUCUGACCAUUCCAAGGUGAAAUACGCAGUUCCGUAUGUUUUUUAGUUGGAACUAACAGAUAGCUGGUAAACAGUCGGGGAAUGUUGAUAUACCUCAGCGUCGGCACAUAAAAGGAAUCAUUUUUUACUAGACAGCAAUACAACUGUGCAAUCGUAAUUUUGACAAUACUUUUCCUCCGCAAAGCCCACAAACACGGUAGCUUGUAAAUACCCCUCAAUGCUUUUUGAUCAAUAUUCAAGGUACCAUUGGGUUGUAGCUGUGUCUAAAUCAAGCUAACACCCAUUUUUUGCUUGACACAAAUGUUUACUUUAACGUAAACUUUAUCAAACAAACCCAAGCAAACCUCCCACGGAUGUUAAGAUGCUUUACUAUAUAUCCCAUGUAUCCUAAUGGUGGAUAUCGAGAAACUGAAUAUAUAUGUGCACUAUUGCCUUUUAGUGGAAAAUUUGGGGAUGUUAGUAGGUGCGUCGAGAAGGUCACUGGCUACGAACUGGCGGCAAAAGUCAUUCCAAUUCAUUCCCCCGAGGAUACGGAGAGUGUGAUGAACGAGGUCACCAUCAUGAACAAGCUGCGGCAUGCACGGCUCAUCCAACUUUACGAUGUCUAUACGAAACCGGACAAGAUAACCCUCAUUAUGGAAUUGUAAGUCUUCCGAACUCUGCCAACGUAUUCGAAUUUUAAGGAAAUUGUGAUUACAUUUCGCUAGUGAAGAUAUAUUCCCGAGUUUCUAUUGGUUUCCUGCCAGUUCUCAGGCCAAGUAAAUUGUCUUAGUGUAUUUACAAGUCAAAGUAUCGAAAGUAGAAGCAAGUGUUCUGAGAUCGGCGAGGUAUGGAAUCUCAGGAAUGACCAUGUACGGUUCGAACCUCUGAAAAUUUGUGCCAUAUUUUACAAAAGCGCACAUUCUUUCAAACCAGGAUUGUUAUUUGUGAUGCAUUUUAAGACUGAGCAAUAUAGAAUGUAAAGUUACCCGCAUCGCAUGCCAAGGCAUUUUAAGUUGUCAGGGGUGAUCUUCCGGUCACCAUAGAUCACCUCUUGCGUGGAUGUGGGACUAAAGUGGCAUGUACCUUUUCGUAGUUUUUUCUUCUUCAUACAAUAUCAAUUGGACUUCAUGAAAGAGCCAGGCGCGUACAUCGGACCCUUUUGUCAAUCAGCAGUAAACAAUAUUGACUUUAAUUUUUUAUAAGUUAACAAUCCGUAUGUGUUUCAAGAAUCUGGUCCACAUUAACGGUCAAUGUUUAAUGGUGGUUACCUGUAAGAAAUUUUAUACUGCAUGCUCAGAGACGCAUGAGCCAAGGAUCACAUUUUCAAUGCAUAUUCGAAUUUAGCAGACUACUUGAAGGAAGUUCGCUAACUGUUCGGUAAAUAAGGAAUCCCCCGUUAAUCUGCACAGGACAGUCUGCUGAUCUUGGGUAAAACUCUUACCCCGCCACUUUUAUGAGCCCUAAGUCUGAAACGUACUAUGCAGGUGGUGUGUUCCAUCUAGGUGAUUUUUGUCUGCGCAUCAUUUUAUCGUCUUUCUCCGUAGACAACUGUAGAUAGUUUUUUGGGGACUGUCCUUAUACUGCUCUUUCAAUGAUACAUCCGCUGAUGCAUUAACGUCGAUUAAAAAGUGCCGACCUUAAUCCACAACGGUUUCAACAUCUGAACUCGUUGAAGCCUAAUCGCAGUGGCCUUAUCAUCCGGCAGGAUAACGGGCUCAAGGAAAGAGCGUUCGAGACAUACACUCUCACUGAUUGAAGAUCUGAGCCCGAAUCCGAUACUACUCAAAUCUCGGAUUGGAUAUGGCUGAGUGCGGGCGGUUUAUAUGCUGGAUAUGACCAAACGCUGUCGUCCUUGUUUUUAUCGACACUCCCCCAUCUUCAUAAGAACUUCUCCACUGCGCUAGCCUGCUAGGUCCCAAGAGUAGCUCCAAGGUUCAACGAGUCAGACGUGUAGCGUAACCUGAUCAGUGAGCAACCCUUACUGGACAAGAAUUAUCCAAUAUAUCUCAAACAAAACUAUGCACUUUAUUAGAAUGGAACAUAUUAUUUUCUAUAAGUCAAUAAUAGGAAAAGCAUUUCGCUUGCAUUAUUUAUAAGCCAUAUUAUUAAAGAAGGUAUUGACAUUUUAAAUUUUCGAAAGAUAUGCAAACACAUUGGGCAUUUAUUUGCCUCUGGCUGUUAUUUAUACUGAUGCCUAAAAAUGUCUAGCUAAGAACUUGCAUACUGCGACGGUCAAGUUUCGCAUUAAUCAUUGUCGAGACAUCAUUUAAGAAAUAUUUUCUAAAUCAAGUCAUGAUCUGCAAUUAGUCCCUUCGUUCGGGAAUUUUCAAUAUCAUAGAACAUUCCGAAAAACAGGAAAUAACUCCGGUGUUUCCUCUGAAUGAUCACCAUAACUGCGCUUUUUGAAAACAGGUAUAUUCGGAGAGACUCGUACAGCCAACAAACCCCAAUUAUCUUUACAAAAAACGCCUUGCAAUGACAAAGUUUAGCAGUACUGAUUCAAAUCGAGCGACUGGACAACAGGGCCUCAGUGUUAUAUUAAACUGAAAUAGUCAUCGAAAACAAUCAUAAAUCACAACGCAUUAGUAAUGUUUUUUCUCCCUUGUGAUAUUUACGGGUAGCUCUGGAGAUAUGCACUGAAUCACUGCCAUACCGACGCGUGUAAAUGAGUACUUAACCUGAGUUUAUGCUUUACGGUUAUUAAUAUCGAACUCAAACAAACGUUUUCUGCUUCGAAUUUUACCGGACGUUUCGUUGGCUCCAGCAAGCUCGUGUUCCGAUUGACCCGGCGCUAAUGCUCAUCGUCGAACUGCCCAUAAUGCCGAUCGUGAACGACCCAGCUGUGACCCAAGCAAGUCCGUGGUGUGAAGGGUUAAGGGUCGGGGUUGGAGUGUCGAUUUCGCAGUCGCAAUGUCCUGAGGGCUAACGUGGUCUGCUGGCUUGAACGGCUGUCAGUUCAUGGGCGGUGAAUGAGCGUGGUUAUUCCAUGUAACUCUCUUCCUGUAGCUCAGUACGUAGUCAUCAUCUCCCUGUGUAGUUUUUCGCACCUCUUUUAGUCACAGUCUCCAUUCCUUUUUCUCUUCCCUCCGUAAUCCUGUCCAUUUAUCAAAUCUUAAUUGUAUGGAAGGUGGCCACGUGGACUCAGGGUCGGGGGGGGGGGCCGAGAGCGGCCUAUGUCGUGACGACAUGACCCACUGCGUGAAUAUAUGAUCUCAAACUUCAGGGAAUUUUUCUGUAUUCCCAUGUGUCCAGCUCACGACUGUGGAAGGACAGAGCAGCCGGCUGUCAGCCUAUGAACGAGAAGGGGGUUUGCAGCAUGGUACACCCUCCGGCCGAAUUCUAGGAGCCCAGAGCAGGUGCAAGCACGGAGUCGUGUAAUCCAAGUAAAAGAUUUAGUCGCGGCAGCUUGAGCUAUAUGGAGAUCUAGCCACUACGACGUUGAACCCCAGUUCAGAACAGGAAGAGAACAAGUAGGACGCCAGUUGAAAGGAUGUUGUAUUCUGUACAGAACUAUAAGAGAAAAGGUUGGCAGAAGUUGGCAGAUAGACGAGGGCACGUCCGGCGCCACGGUAGCGUCGUCCACGAGUAUGCGACAGUGGGGCAGACGUCUAGCGUUUUCAGCGAGGUCCUGUCUGAGUCAGCAUCCAAAGCGAUCGCCCAGUUUGGACAGCUGGCAGAGUAAUAAAAGAGACAAGCAUACUAAUUUGGAUUUUUUGGUCAGGUCGCAGGCAUAUCUCCUCAAAUCACACCUCAUUGCCGCUUCAGCGGUAUGCUCCCACACUCAGGGACAGGUGCAAAUUCUGCCACGACGGUCCGACCAGUCAACCGGCUUGUCAUUCCGCGCGGACACUUUGCAGUUCGGUAAAACCCCAGGGCCGAAUCAAGCGAGAACUAAACUAUGUAGAAAAUACAAAAGGAGACAAGCGCGAUAAACAGGCACUUAGCUUUUGAAUAACACAUAUGCGAAAGAAAAGCAGACGUCUGCAUGCGGAGCCGAAAAGUGUUGCUACCACUCCCGCCACCCACCUGCAUCCUCUUGCACUACUGUACCAGCAGGCCCGCCAGGUUAACGCUUGUCACCAGCAGACUUAUACUUCCACGCCCCCAGGGGAAACUGUCCGGCGCGUGUGAAAUAUUGUCAUGACCAAAACUGUCAUCACCUACCGCAGACCGCAUUGCUGCAACCGAUCGGAUAGUGGGUGCUUGCAUCAGGCAGAUAAACAAACAGUAGAUGGGCUGAAUCCUGAAAUGUCAGCCGAAAUUCCGAAAUGCGUUUUCGUCUCGAAAAGACUACCUUAGUAGGGCUGUAAAACUAGUCCUCCUGCGACAUAAUUCUAUCAUAUUUCAGCUAACUCAGGAUGCUGAUUUUUGGAGGAACUUCCUUCCGGCUGCAUGCAUAAACUGCACUCUGUAAAAAAUCACUACUCACGUAGCAUGCAUUUUUCUCAUUGAGGUUUGAUGGCCCUAAAAUUCCAGUAAUAUUGCAUGGAAAGCAUGCAUACAAAUAUUCAUUCUUUUGCUCAUCCGGUAGACACUUACGUCUUCUUUUAGUUUUAUACUCGAAGGAGGGAUAUAAUUCGGUUCUAAAAAACUUUCUAAUUGUGGGACUGUGAUAAACCGUGAAAUAGCCGUGCAUAAUCGUCAUGUCUCGGCAGUUAACAAUAUGACUUGUAAGGUUAACAAUAUAAAUCAAAUCCACCGCUAAAUUUCAUGAACCCUAUAUGGUCCCCCUUUAUUGCUGUAGCGAAAUGCGUGGUUUUCCAUACGCGGAAAAUAUACGGCUUGUAGUUUGGAAACCCUAAAUCCAGGUGUAACGGUAGAGAGCGUUCGAAAUUAUUCUGGAAUUGGAAAAGUUUUUGAAAAGCGAAUUAUACCUUUCCUUCGAGUAUAAGAUUGGAAAAAGACGUAAUUGUCUACCGUAUGAGCAAAAAAAUGAAUAUCUGUACGCAUGUUAUCCGUGAAAUAUUACUGGACUUUUAGGGCCAUCGAACAUCAAUGAGAAAAAUGCAUGCUACGUAAGUAGUGGUUUUUUAUGGAGUGCAGUUUAUGCAUGCAGCCGGAAGGAAGUUCCUUCAAAAGCCAGCAUCCUGAGGUAGUUGAAAUAUGAUAAAAUUAUGUCUCAGGCGGACUAGUUUUACAGCCCUACUAAGUAGUCUUUUCGAGACGAAAACGCAUUUCGGAAUUUCGGCUGACAUUUCAGGAUUUAGCCCACCUACUAUACGACUCCUAAAGUUUGUCUCUGAGGCAAAAAUAGUAAUCUGAAUUUGCUGCUUCAACUCGAACUAAAUUUAUUAAUUGAGAGAAUCAGAAGGCACUUGCCGCUAGAGGAAGGAGCACCGUCAAUUCUACGUUCUGUUUAAGAGUUUGCUUUAGAGGCGCAAAGCGCGCGCAUUUCAAUUCCUGGACUAUCCUGCCUCCAGACCUGAAGUUAGUACUAAUCCCUGUUGCCUCGGGUCACGGUGGAGUAAAUUCAGACUUCUGACGGGACUUUAUUUUCCCCACGACGGAGGGUUUGCCGGUCAGUUUUACAGAGUCACACCUCAGGUAGAAUCGCAGUCGAUUAAACUGAAUCGACUCCUCUGGACGGCAGCCUGGGAGCGUCGCAACAGCUUGAAUGUAAUGCAUAAAUGUGUAUCAGCACAAUCCGAAUCAGGCGGUGGUUCAACCUGCGUGUUGACUAAGCAUUAACGGGGUACCUUCGUCGAUAUAGGAUUUUCGACAUUUCACUACUUAAAUGAAGAACUGCAAUGACGCAAAAUGCCGUAAUAACAAAAAAACUUUUCCUUUAUUCUUUCUCUUAGGAUCACAGGCGGCGAACUGUUUGAACGCAUAAUCGAUGAACACUUUGACCUGAACGAGGACAAGUGUGUCAGAUUCAUGACGGAAAUACUUCAAGGGGUGGACUACAUGCAUUCUCAAAACGUCCUCCAUCUUGACCUCAAGGUAAGGCUUCGCUGCAUGACCGUCGCUAACAUAUGAGGACAUUCUGACUCUGGUUGGACUUUUACUCCACACAUCCUUGAGCAGUAGCACCUUUUGACAAUGGAUCAACAAUCGGAGGGCUGUAACAUACAGGAAAUAAAAGUUUGUAGCUGGUGGACAUAGUUAUAGAUUACCUUCGGUGACCAAGGCUGGUCAAUGCGGGAUUCGAGCCCGCAUUUACCUGAUCCUUGAGCUUUGCUUCACAUCACUGGGCAGGCACGUUUAGUCUAUGGAAACCACCAGACGAAGUGCAACUGGAAUUGAUGGAAUUGGGACUUGUCGAGUGAGUUCGUUUGGAGGAGAGAACACCAACCCUCUGUUCUGCCUCGUUGUCAAAAAAUUAAAGCCUUUGAAGGCGGUUCUAUGAAACUGGACACUCAGUAAACGGGUGUUUUGUUUAAAGUGGCACAAAACACCCGAUUGACUACUUCCGGUUGAUUUUUAGAGGGCUCGCGGUCAAUAAGCACCAGCUCAGUCAGUACAGGUUUGACAUUGGAACUCCUACCGAUAAUUCGUUCGUCCGGUUACUGGAAAUUCUUUCCUACAUUUGAGCAUAGGAUACGAAAAUUGCAUUCGCCUGGCGUUUCGAAUCUAUACUCGACUCCAUCAUUAAAGAUCUUAGCAUUUAAGAGUAUCGUCUUCACAAGUGCUGCAGUAUUUAUAGGAUUAACUUGCGCGCAUCCAUCAGACACAAUUGUCAAACGCCUGGCAAUGAGUCCGAAAGACACAAUACUGAAGUAGGAAACGGCCGAUAUCGUUCAUCGCAUCUUGGGAAGUUAUGGAUAAAUUUCAGACGUCAAAGAAACCGGAAACCUAGUUUAGACACGGAUGACAGAGCACGCAGCAUCGGUGGGGAAGAACAACGCUGGCUCCUUAUUCUCAGUUUAUUUGAAGUGACCUGCCCGCACAGUUAAGUUUGCUGGGCCCGACAUUCUUGUGAGCGGUGAUAGCUGCACUAGCAGGGAGCUGCUUUUGUCGUGGUUUUCAGCCCUCAGUCUGCCAAAAGGCACGAGAUUUUGCCUGGACAAAGUAAUUAGAAACACGAAAAACAAACGAGUGGGCACUGUUCAUAAUGCCAAUGUAGAUGAGCCAGGUUGCCUAAUAACCCAAACAGAUGACGAGUUUUGGUAGUCAGCGCUCCGGCUGUGGGAAAUCAAGCCAUUAUCUCAUUACGCGAGUGCCUCUCCAAUGAAUACGAAGACUGUUGGUUUUGAUAGAUAUGCAGUGGCAUAAUUACUCCAUACUUACAAACAUUGUAGUGCUAGCGCAAAACUUUACGCUUGCUUGGUUUUGUCAUCGAUGAUGGUUUCGAGUGUGAAUCUGAAAUGUCAGGCCGAUAAAUGUCUCGUCCCAGUGAACACGUCUCCAUCAUCCCGGCUGCUGCUUGAAAUUAGCAUCUCCGAUUCCACCAGCAGUUGGUAUCUCCGUUUUGAAUUGGAGCUCAAGGUCUUCAGUCUACUUAUACCCCUCAGUCAGGAUAUACCGGUGCACGCUAAUUCCAUAUGACUACGUAUUUCCAAUUACACGUAAGAUGGUUGUUCGAUGAUCAGCCGAGUUGGGGUCCAACCUCGGGUGUACAGCCUGGAGUAUGAGUGCCGCUCCCUCAUAACGACAUUUAGGUCAGAAAUAGUCGGUCCAGCGCUGCAAUCUUUGUCCGUAAGACUUUUUGAACAAACGAAGGCCUUCGGCGAUAGCCGUCUCACCACACCGACAACGGAAGUGCGUGGGCUUCCAAAGCGGUGUGCGAAUGAAGUUUGUUUCGGGAACUCGCUAGCUCUUCCCCUUCACCUCCACAGAGACAUAGUGAAAUUGAUAAACAUAUACUUACAUAGCAUUUCAUAGCAUAAAAGAAAGAUAUGGUGCUAUUUGAAUGGACACUUUAGUGCUUAGAAUACCUCAUAAUUCAAAGCAUUUUAAACCUAAUGAUGCCCUUUCAGCGAGCAAACCCGUUAAGAAAAAGGCCUGAUUUGCUAUGAAAUCGGUAUAAGAAUGAAUAUUUUCCCAUAUGACUUCUAGUAAACAUAUUUGCAUAUAUAGAGGCCUCGCAAAACAGUGAGAAAUAUCUUGGGAGUAUGCUGCAGGAUAGUCAGUAUUAUAACUCUGCUUAUAUAAUCCAUCUUACUCGAAAAAUCAUUUUAAAAUUUUAAUCAACAUUUCGUGAGCUGAAAAAAGAACACUUUUUGGAUAUAAAAUAUUUUUAGAGUAAGAUCUCAAUAUUACUAAACCCAAAAUUAACAGAUGCGCAAAACUAUAGGUUACGAAGGAUUCUUCCAAUAAACCGACGAAUACAACUCACACCCACAUAUCACGAACUGCUUGCACACCACUCUAUAAACGAAUUGCGUUUAUUCACAGCCUAGUAGGCCGUAGAUGCUGAUCGGUUUCAGUCGGAAUUUUUGCCUGUGGUGUCACAACUCUUGGGUGGACUUUAAAGGCCCUGUGAAAUGAAAUAGCAUCCAGAAGAUCAAACUAUUUUCUAACUCCAAGCCUCGGAAAUAUGCCUUCAAGUAAUGUUUUAAUAGAAGUCCACCAAACCGACAUGAUUUAAUUUUUUUGCAGCCGGAAAACAUCCUUUGCCUCACUAGGACGGGCUUUCGGAUAAAAAUUAUCGACUUUGGUUUGGCGAGAGAACUGAAAAACCAGGAGCUGCGCGUGCUCUUCGGCACGCCGGAAUUUGUCGCCCCCGAGGUCAUCUCCUAUGACCCUGUUUCCUAUGCCUCGGAUAUGUGGUCUGUCGGAGUCAUAUGCUAUGUCCUGUAAGUCACAUACUUCAGUUCCAACUCGAAAUGACAUAUCUUCCAAUCACGCUGAAUUUCAUAUGCCGUAUUUAAAAAACCCAUGUCGCAAAAUGUAAUUCAUCUUUUUUUCUUAUCGUCUGCAACAUCUGAGGGACUUUUUGUUUAGUGUUUAAAAAACCAGAAAGCGAACGAAAAUAAGACAUUCUAGAAGGCACUUCCCAAAUCCGGGAGUGUGGGGCGUCGCAGACGCUUAUGCGCCGAAAUCGGACUGAAGUUUCACACGGUUUCAACAUGUGCCAUUUCUUGAGCAACUUUCCAUUUGCAAGUUAUGUGGCGUCUGAGCUACGCCAAUCCGAAGAGUAAUGGGCAAUUACUCUCAUAUUUUAAUUUCCCGACAUUUAGUGCAGUUAGCAUAAUUAAAUACUGGUACUCAGGAUCGGCCCGAAAUUUUACGUGACCCCACUGUUUCAUCUGGAAGGUCGAAAUGACCUGAGGUUAGCAUGUGCGCAGCGGCCUGCGAAUUGGAGCUGUACGCCUACGCGUGCUACACGCGAUUCAACCCCAAGUUCCAUUUCGUUCUUGGCUUGUAAUGGGUAUAACAAAGAUGGGUGUCACAGGAGCCACAUCAGCAACCAGCGCAGUCUGUCCCAUGAGUCUAAUCAAGCCCGAGUUACCUCGUAAAUUGGAAACCCCCAUGUUAUGAUAGUUUUAAGUCUAACAUAGUCCUUAGGUGUUAUGGCAGAUUUCAAAUAACUCACUUUGACCCAACCGUGAAACAUUCGGUGCCUAGGCGGUAUUCGAACCCAUGACAGCAAGGCGAGGCUUUAGCACAGCCAACGCUCUAACCAUCUGACCCACGAGGCCCUACCGGACAAAGCGAGUUUAAUCACAUUUGGAUCAAGUUUACAUGCCCAAUUUACUGCACCACCAAAUUUGAUACAAUAAGCUUUCACAACUCUAUAAGUUAAGAAUGUAGCGAACUGUCACAAAACAGAAGAAAAUUCUGCAUCAACGUAAUGUCUAUCCUCUCUUUCGUUGUCGGUGACCUGCACGGGUCACGCUGGUGGGUGAUGAAAGUCGGUAACUGAUUGGUGUUGCGCGAGCACGUGGUGCACAUAUGCAGGGACGUGCAGACUGAACAAAGUCCUUCUACGGCAUACUGCGAAACACGUUGGCCCUGGUAAGACUUGCUAUAACAGCGAGGUGACGCGAUGUCUGGCAAGCACGGACACACACCCAGACCUAGCCCGUGCCUAGCAGUCAAUGUCUGCGUACUCCGUUUGGAAAUCCUGGACCAACAAUAUAUUUUAGUGAUCCUUUCAUAUAUUCCGCUGUCGCUACUAGCGAAUACUAUUUUUACUGCCAUUAAGUGGUAUUUUAAGAAAACCAAGUCCUCGGCGUCCGUUUGUCAGAAGUGUUGAAAACCAGUCAAAAUUAUGUAAAUAUGGAUGAUUGUUUAACUUUUCGGAUUCUCAUCGGGAUUCAUCAUUAUAAACAGUGCUAGAUUAGAGUUGCGAAGAUUUCCAUGGCAGUAUUCAGAAGAUCAGUUGGCGAGCAUACGUUUGUUUUCGACAAAUUUCCGACAGGCCAGUACAUUUGUCUGGGGAAGGGGUAGAAGUAAAAAGAUGUCAAUGAUAGAAGGAGUCAAAUUAGGUUCGUAUUAAAACACAGGAGCGAUUUGGCAAUUUGCGGAGUAGGGACUAAUAAGAGUUUAUGGCAGGAACAAGUUGAGAGCGGAAAGCUGCGCGGGGUUUCAGGGCUAGUCUACCUUUGAUCACGGUAGGUGCGGAGCCUGAACGUGGUUCUUCUGUUUGCACAUGACCUGUUUUCGUGAGCUGGUUGUGGCCGCUUCUGCUGUUGCUAACAGACUCUUAGGAUAGCUCGAUGGGAGCUUAUAAAUCACAUGAAAAUCUUUUCUGGGGUCCACACGAUGUCCGGGUGAAAACACAAGCGGUGCUUUAUUUAUAAGAAUAUUAUCGACGGCUUUGCGGAACUUAAGUUAUUGAAGACUUGAGUACUUUGGCUUCAAUUUAGAAAAGUUAACCAUGUUGAUUGAAAAGACGAGUGGUAGAUUAAAAAAGUAGGUUAGGGGCGUAUACUGCUGUGUUCCGCCUCUAGUUAGAAUCUGCCAUGCCAGAACCAGAAAAACCAUGGCUCUGGAACAUGGUUUUCGGCCGAAAGAUGUGCUUGUGCUUUCUCUGGAUAUGCGGGUCAUGGUUACGGCUGCCCAGUCAUCCUUGUCGUUUUUCUGACUCGUUGUUGAGUGUAAAGAAGAGCGCCAAUGCGCGGGUCCGGCCGUGCCAGUUAUCUGCGUCCUUCCCACGCCGCCGGACUUCUUGACUAUGUUUUUACACCAGGUUCAUGCAGGGAGGACGGCGUGAGCGCGGCAGAUGCUGCGCAGGUCUAAUCUCACCAUUUAAUUAUUCACUCGCAAGUUACCGUGUCGGCUCCGCAUGCUCUGGACCACACGGUAGACAUCGUCGGACAUUAAGGUUGAAAUCUCGUGUACUGCGUCUAAUACACUGCAACUCAGAAGUGUCCCCAAGCAACUCUAAAGCUCUUACUAAGCUUGCGCCAUCUUGCAUAUUUUCUUCGUAUGCGAGGCUUGAGUAGUAACUUCAAAAUAGACUUUUUAAUUUCUUCUGAACUUGGCAUAAUAACUUGGGGUAAAGUCCUCGACACAGGUCUUCUCAAGUUCAGUCCAACAGCUGAUAUGAAUGUUUGAGUCAAAAUCCACCGCAUGCGCGUUCUGCCGACAUUAAGUUCAUGAAAUGCAAACAUUUAUUGACUGUCCAUAUGCCAGAAUGUGAAUAGUGCACCGACAUUCCAAAGAAGCCGGCGGAAUUCAACAUAAACCUGCAGGUCAACUAUCAGAUCAGAUUUACUCCAAAUUGGCUUAUUAAUUUCUGAUGAAUUAAGAAAAUAUUAACAUGAAAAUCGGAGUACAUACCAUACAUUAAGCUCAUAAGGAACGCUGGUAGACACAAUUACGAGGGUGAUCCCCAUAACUGCGACUUGUACAAAGUUAAUGCACGCGUUUCUGGGCUUUUAGUUAGUAGCUGAGCCGGAAGUACGGCAAGUCAGUCUGUGAUUACAAAUCAUAUGUGGACCAAAUUCAAAUGAACCCAGCUAGCAAAAGUAAAAGAGGGAAUGUCCUUCUCUGUACGUACAAAUGUCGACAGUCGCUCAAAAUAAGAGCGAUAUCCCAGAAUGGCACACAUGUCCAAUGAGAUGAUCAAUCGUAAUCCAUUUUGGCCUUGAAGUGGAAGGAUCAACCAUCUUCAACUCUAUAUGACAGAAAUUAAACCAAUGCAAAGAAGUGAAAAAUACUUUAUAUAUGCCGUUUAUAUAUGACGUUCAAUAUCUAUCACUCCUUGCGUCUACGAAUAUCUUGCAUCAUUUCAACAGGCGUCGUUGGUCAUGACAGAAUAUCCAUCGCAUUCAAUGAUGUUUACAUACUAACCAGGGCAUUCGCAAAGCCUACUGCACAAAAAAUUAUGUGUAGAGGCACUGUAAGCCUUCAAUAUCUCCAGGGUUGUUUUUCAAUUUUGACUACUUCUGUGGCUCCAGCGAAAAUUUCCCACUUCGCGGCCUUUGGAGGCAAUAAAAAGCACUGGCAGUUAUCUUUUAAUGCAAAAUAUUUUUUCACGUCUGCCGGACAUUUGUAUUUUCAUUACUCGUAAGCAAUUUUCGAAGCCCUAAUGCAAAACCGUAAUGUUCAAUAGCAGAUAGUCAAACGUGACUGUCCAGUAAUUCGCAGUUUUCGGGGCUGCAUCGACUGUAUAUUGGGGAUUUUUGUUAAAGUUGGUCACUUCACAGUGAGCUCUUGCUUUCUUUCUGUACACAGAUUGUCCGGACUGUCACCUUUUAUGGGCGACAACGAAAGUGAGACCCUUUCUAACAUCGUCCGAUGCGUGUACAGCUUCGACUACACCGAAUUCAAUGACAUCUCUCAGGAUGCCAAAGAUUUCAUCCGAAAACUGCUCGUCAAGGAUAUGAAGUAUGUCUCUAAAUUUUUUUCUCCACAAUUUUUUUCUUUAGAAAGCCCAGCUUUCAUUUGGAUAAAAAAACUUUGACAGUUACCAAGCAAAACUAACAGAGAGCCAAUAGUAAAAGCUUGAGGCUUUUGAAGUAGUCCACAAAUUGGAGAUCAGGAGCUGCCAAGUAGUAGUACUACAAGCAGCCUGCGACACAGGGGUUUUUCCGUAAAAUUUGAAAUUUUUAUUAGUAAGAAAAAUUGAAAUACCUAGAGGUAUCUGGCUAUUACUAGUUUUGUUUCUGUUUCCAUGUGGAGGCGAGUGUUUGAAAGGAUAAAAAAGAGGGAGUUUGAGCAAACACCGGCGCCAUUAAUUUAUUUUUCGGGGGACAUUAACAACAGAAAUGAUAAAGGGACGCCCACCGAUCGCCAAGAGCCGCAUAUAGGCACAUAAUAUAGGCGCAAUACAAUCACCGACAAAGACACUAAAGGCGGAAAUGGUCGUUUCUGUCUCACAAGCCGUCGUCAGCAAGUCCUACCCAACCCCAAGAUGUGGAACACCUGGGGCUCGAUCCCGCGGCUUGUCAUUUAGAAAUUCAACGUCCCUAACUACUGAGCCACGGUCUCGUUGUCCUUGUGGUUCCGAUCGGGACUAUACAGUUGUCGAGGGACGCUGACCGGUCACGUUGUGUCACUUCGAUUGUCCCGUUGUGCAACAGAAUUAAUGACAUUUAUAGAGCUCUUUAGCCUAUCCAAAACCAUUAUCGCAGGUCUGCAGAUGACUGCGCAGGAGACUCUAUUUGAGCGCCCGAUAAAAGCAUUGAUUGACCAGAUUAUUUUAUGAUGCCCAAUUCCCUAAUGGCGCGGUCAAUUUUCUUGACUGCGAACUCCAAUUCGCAACUGGUUUCGAACGUAGUUUCAGAAAAAAACUACACGCGGCUGCAUCAGCUAUGGACCAAAUGUGUUUUACUCCAAAACCCACUAGCAUAUCAUUACCAUCGUUGACUGGAAGGUCAAAGGAAAUGUUUAGUUAGUUUAGUUUAGUUUAGAUUGCAAAAAGCACUGUUACCUGUAAUCAUUUUUUUCACAUUUACGUUUCCUUUAAAUAUCGAACUCGAAGAAAGUAUAUCUUUCAGUUCUAAAAUGUUUGUCAUUAGGAGACCUUUUAGGGGCGUAAGAUGUGUCUUCAUGUAGCGUCGUAAUUUUCUAUCUUCUAGAACCCCUUGUGAAGUACACAACAUAACCCUUAUCCACUUGAAACUUUCCUAAGUCCCGUCUUGUAUCUUCUUAGCAGAACAGUGAAAUAGUAGUUUCUGCAUGAAACGUGUGCAACUUGUAGUUUGGAACCUACAAACGCUAACGCAGAAUUGUGCUGGAAUUGAAGAGCAUCUCUAAAACUGUGGGAUACAUUUUCUGAUGCAAGAAACUUUAAAACAAGCGUGAUGCUAGUAGAAGCGAAGAGGCGAGUCCCGGAAAGUAGUCGCGGAGAAGGAGACACGAUUGCUGGAACAAGAGCUUUUUCAGCCUGACGUUUCGGAUUCUCACUCGAAUCCAUCGUCAGAAACAGAGUCAAACACAUUUGGCAACUAUUUCUUAUAAAUACUGCAACACCUGGGUAAUCUGCCACCUUCUUCUGACUCUGUCUUUGAUGAUAGAUUCGACUGUGAAUCCAGAACGUCAGGUUAAUAAAGCUCUUAUUCUAACGAUAGGGUCUUCUUCUUCAAGACAAACGUAUGAUUUCGCAAAAUAAGCAUAGGAAAUGAUAUUUUUGUGCAUUUUUUCCAUAAAACGCAUUUGAGUUUGUAGGGACAUCGAAAAUCAAUGAGAAUGGGCAUGCUUUUCGGGCAGUCAUUUUUACAAGUUCCGUUUUUACAGGUGACUGGGAAUAAACACAUUCAAAAUUGAGAAUCCGGAAACAAUUGAAAUAUCUUGCGAUCAUUUUAAAUGCUAAUCGGUCUUACAAUCCCACUCAAGUAAUUAUUUUUAGUCGAAAACUCAUUUGAGCAUUUCAGUUGGCAUUUGAUGAGAUGCGUCGUCUACUGUGCGAUAGCGUUCCAUGCGCAUGUUGGACAGAAUUUCCUUCCAGAUCGACAAACACCUCACUGUAAAGCGACAAAGACUUAAACCUUCAAAAACGCCUGGUUAAUCUAUCUAAAUAAAAUCAAACCGGCAGAAACUCAAACCUCUUUUUAUCUACUUGCAAUGCAUUCUAGCCCUCGAAACUUAUAGUGUUAGCUUCUUGUGUAGCCUUCUAUGGAGCAAAUUCGGUGAGUUGAACAAAAUAAUUGCAUGGUUAUGAAAACUACUGUCGAAAUGGUCUUUUAUUUUUCUGUUUCCGAUGUGAAAAACUCCUUCGGACGGCUGCCAACUGACAAGCGAUCACUGUCCGGCGGAACACUGCAGCCCAAGCCAAGCCUAGCGAGGCUAUCAAAAAGCAACCUUGAAGAUCUUUUGCGGAAAAGCGUGGCAUUCAGCCCCCUCUGUGGUUGCCCUCAUUUUAGUGUUCGCGUUGCCGCCAGGUUUUGAAGGCGAGACGGUUUUAGGACCCAUACGUUACCUCCCUGACUUGUCGUAAAUUCCACAAGACGCCCUUACGCCGGCCAGACUGGUCCAUUUAAUUGCAGCUGGAAGGACCUGCAUGACGUAUAAGCAACUGUCUGCGCGCCAUUUUGGCGCCGCUUAACUGCCAGCCUAACGAUCCUAUUUUCACUCCAACUGACUUCUUUCGCCCCGCCUUCCACCAAUCACAUUGCAGACAACGUUUCAUAAACAUGACACACAGGUCCUAAACUGUGGUUACCUGUAUCACAAUGACUUCACGAAAUGUGCAGUAUUUUUAGCCUCCACGCACACACACACACGCACACACGAUGGUUCGACCGUCGAUUUCGACGAUGUCCACCGUGUGCCCCACAGCAGCAGCAGCGGUGGUAGCAGGGACGGUGUCUUACGCAGGGGUUUUUAGUGCCAGUAGACUUGCUCUGCAUCUACCUACACUAUCUCCUCCACCCCCACCUGAGCCCGGUGUCAAGACCAAGUCAAGAAGACCGGAGACGAGGGAGGCCGCAGGUGGAUGGCUCGGAUGGAACCUCACCUUGGCGCUCCACUCCGCACCUCCUGGUCCACACAACAAUGACCAGGACUUUAACCACAAAACAAUGGGGUGAUGGCAGUUGUCCACUUGUGCGACGACUGCCGACACUAGGGUCUGCCAGUGCACCCCGCAAGUGUUGGCAUUUGUUAUUGCGCACAGAUAACGCCUGCCAGAACAUGGUGUGGUCCCACUGGAGACUGCUGGGAGCAGUUGUUUUUAUAUACCGCACUUUGCCUGACGAGUAGGUCGGCAAUGCGGAGCCACCAGCUACACCGCGGUCAACAAGGGUGUGGGCGGCACAGGGCACGAAGUAAGCGCGUGUCUGAUUUAUCCCCAGGGUCUGCAUCAGCGACCUACUCAGCAAGUUACGUGCGUCAUAAAAUAAGAAGUUUGCGCAAUUUCUGACAGCGGGUAGCAGAUAUUACUACUCAAAAUGUAAGACCCAAACCAAACCUCUCUCUUCGUGAACGCCCCUUCUUCCUGCGACACUCGCCCCCCUUGGGAAUCGAAUUAUCUCUUACUUAAACAGUCUUCUUUUGGCUAAAUCAUCCGUGGGGUUGGUUAAAAUGAAUGAAAUUUCCAAUAAAUUGUAAUCGCUCGCUUCCGCAUAUUUUGAAAAAAUGAUAACUGAUAACAAAACUGAUUCUCUUUUCGAAUAGGUAAUUAUCAGUGUCGAUCAGAAGUAACGCACCUUUCCUCUGAAACCUUUCUCACUUCUCCUUCGUUUCAAAUGACUAUCUGGUGGUAAGACGUGGCGACCUUAACAUGCCGAUAUUUGAGAGAUGCCUGCAUUAAGACUUAGGAUAUUGGUCAACAUACAAUUAACUUCCAAAGUGGGACGACACAUGAACGUUGUGAGCUUGACUCCUGAUUACCUGUUAAGAUUUAUUGGACGUGAAUCAUGCUGACAAACAAGAUUCAAUCGCUAAUGAUGGUUUGGCAAGUGCUUCCCCUGCUCGUUUAAGUCACAGUUCGGAGGAGUAAAAGGACCUCAGUAGGAAAAAUUAAUCAUCACUCUUUUUGUCAAUGCCGUCUAUGCCGUUGAUAUGCUUUAUAUAUGAGCAGGCUGUUGUUGGGUUGGCAACGACAGGGUGUAGGACCCCCAACUGACUUGAGGUAGCCUGUGAAACGUGUCAUGCGUUGAAUGGUGGUAGAGGGGAUUAACGGGUAGGGAAACACACAUGACCGAGAGUAAGGUACAAGAAAUAACUGCAUUUCUGCCGAAAGUCUUAUCGUACGCUGUCAUUAGGUAAAGAAAGUGAGCGCGACAAUUAAAAAGUAAAUAAAAUGCAAUUCUCUAAAACUAACAGACAUUGAAUAAAGUAUCGCUGAUAAGUUUACAUUUAGUCAGGAAGGAAACGGUGAAUAAAAAGGGACUUUUACAGCGAAACUGAAUUCUGAGGUAUAUGUUUGUAUUUGCCAACUACUUGUGGGUCCUACAGCCUAUUGAUAUGGUGGGGUUUUGUCAAUAGAAGCGAAGAGACGAGUCUCAGAAAGAAGUCGUGAAGAAGGAGACACGAUCUUUAGGGCAAGAGGUUUAUUCGUCUGACGUUCCGUAUUUUUCUUCGAACACAUCACCAGAGACAGUAGCAGAUACGGGUGGUUCAUGCAUAAGGAGUUGCAGUAUCUAUAGGAUGCAGUCGCCAUGCUACCGCAUACCUAUGAAUAUUUCCGACCCCCCUCCCCUUCAUUAGGGAUCGUUGCAUGUGGUGUGCUGGUUGUUUGAUGGCCGACAUUCGCGUCGUUAAUUGCUGCAAUUUCAUCACGUGUGCUAGGUGUUGGUGUGAUGAUUGCUCGACCAUCUGACGCGCUCACCCUGAUGUUGGAAAAAGUGUUCACCUGUGUGCUCCCCGCGUGGUCAAUUAUUCCGCCUAAGCGAAGCCUCAGCACCGAGUAUAGAACUGAAAGAUCACCGCACUUGUUAAUGGAAUGAAGGCUAGUAAACCAUGACUCAGGCACCCCUCGGCUCAAGCGGUUGUCACCUAUAGCGAGAAUUUCGGCCUCGUCGAAUUUGAAUGUGUGGCCGGAUCUCGUCGAAUGAGCCGCAACUUGAGAAGUGGAGUCAUUUUUUCGCAACGCUGCAGCCUGUUCGGCCAUCCGCGUCAGGAGCUGUCUUCCGAUCUCUCCGACCUAAUCGAUUUGUCCGCGACUGCGCUAGUUCUGAUAAACGACUUAUGAAGUUUCUUGCCGUGGCAGUGGGUCUUUCGGUUUCAUUAACUGACGCCUGAUGGUUGCCUCCGGUCUGUGUGUAACUCCAACCCCAAGUGGUGUGAGAAGGCGGCCGACAGCUUCCGAAACGUUCUUGACAUAUGGAAGCGCUCGCCAAAAUGGCGUUAAUUUCUAAAUUGGCGUCUCUACCAAAAUGCCUACGGGAAAUUCUGGACACCCACUGAUGAGCCGAACCCCUCGCAGCUGAGCCAUGCAGCGACAGAAUAUCGACAAAACACGCGUGUCUGGGCUUUUAACUGGUAUCUGUGCCGCUAUUACGGUAUGUGGUAACGCUAAAAUAUACCGCUAGCUGCCUGUCGACAGUCAAUGAAUUUAACGCGGUUAUCCCCCUCUGAUUGAUAAAUUUCCCCCAAAAUAUUAAUGCAUUAAAUUUCCGUCUGCGCGUACAGAUCUUAGUUUAGACUAACUUAUUCCAAGUUAUCAGUUAAUUUCUAGGGAAAUAAAAAAGUAGUAAUUGCAGCCAAAUGCCAGGAAUGUAGUGCUGUGUCGUGUUUCUAAACCAGCUGCACAAACUUAACCCCUAAGGAACCUGAUAUUCUUUAGCGCCAGAAUUCCAGCACACUUAGCGUAUGCUCCCCACUUCCUGUCCGCAAUGUUUUAAUGCGCAGUGGACCUAGUUGUUUUUAAAACCAGUAGAGCCGCAGCUAAUGUAAACAGGGGGGAGGUUCUUAAAAAAAACUACACUUACUAAUGUCACCACCGUUGCAGACCUCUUCUUCCGGCAAAAGCGGUCACUGUGUACCAUGCGACGUUGUUUUGGCAACCGCCGACAAUAAAUGCUGCAUGAUGGGUGGUAGACAAUGGACAACGUUAUGGAAGAUGUGCGAUAAGCCGUGUGUGGAUGAUGACAGGGUGUGUGAAGGGCGUGUCAUGUGAAGCAGUUUUGGACAUGUCAAACAUUUUGGUUUCCGGACAGCAUUAAAUGUUAUUGAAAUAAACAACAGUCGUGGAGAGGGGGAAAGUGGACCUACAGUAGGUAGGUUAACCCAUGAAAUUAAUUCGGCUUUCAAAAUCUUUUCUAUUUCCCGAAUAAUUUUGAACCAAACCUGGCGUUACAUUUGCAUCCAAAAUUUCCAAACUACGAGCCGUAUCUUUUCGGCGUACAGAAAAGCCACACAGUUCUCUAUAGUAUUAAGAGGAGACAAUUUGGGGUCCAUAAAAUUUAGCAGUGAAUUGGAGUCAUAUUGUUAACUUUGCAAGCCAUAUUGGUAAAUUCAGAGACAUGAAGUUUUAAGAACGCCCAUUUCACGGUAUUAAAAAUUCUCACAAUUAGAAACUUUUGAAGUCGAAUUAUAUCCUUCUUACGAGUAUAAAAUUGAAAGAAGACGUCAUCUUCUACCGAAUUCGCAAACGGAUGAAUAUUGUUAUGCAGGUUUUCCACAAAUAUACUUGAAUCUUUAAAGACAUCGAAAAUCAAUGAGAAAAAAUGAAUGCUACGUAAACAGUCAUUUUCUGCAGGGUGUAGUUUUUGCAUGCAAUCGGAAAAAUUUUCAUUGAAAAGCGGGCAUUCUGAGGCCAUUGCAUUAUUAGGAAAUUAUGCUGCAUGAUGAUUAGUUUUAAAAGCCUACUAAAUUAGUCUUUUCGAAUCGAAAACGCAUUUCGGAAUUUCUAUUGACAUUUCACUAGUUGGCCCACCUACUCUAAGUGGCAGGUGCCUGCUGUUAGAGCAGUGUGAGGCCGAUUACGUACUUCGCUAGUAUAAACGCCUCUAGCCACCUCACUGUUGCACACUCGCGAUGCCGUAAGGUAGGGGUCGUUCCAGCUGGAGAGUCAGUUCUAUACUGUCAGGCACGAAAAUAUACCACAUUGCUUCUUUGCGGCAGAAAACGAGGUUGACAAAACUUUAGCAGGAAGGCAGAGAAUCCCGUGAAUCCUAUCGACUCUCCGCGCAAGCGACAACGACCAGAUAGCAUGUGUGUAGAAAGGUUUCCAAGCUCUGAAAAGCCUUAGCCUGACAUUAAUCUAAACCUUUUAUUGAUUUUUGCAGGUUUCGGUCGAACUAGAGCGACAUUUCUAAGCUCGAAGGACGACGAAGAACGCAUCCAUCUUGCACGUGCCAUCUCUCUUUGAAGAUCGGAGAUUUGGCAGACAUGAUAUCGCAGCUCGUUUAAAUUGCCUUAUUAGGGAUAGAGUAUGUAUAGUUUCUUCGACAAAUUAGGUGCAGGGGGAAACGGUUUAAGACUCCAACUUUCCACUCGUCUGUUAGCCAUAUAGUCCAGUUCCCACAAGGAUUUCGAGUGGCGGCACUUCUCCCACGAGAAGCAGAAACUUAUGAUCGCACAGCGUGUGGGAAAUAAUCAUGUUUUUUCGUGUUUUCCAGACUAACUUAAAUAUCUGACGAAAAACACAAAGAAAUCAAGUGUAUUUCAGAUAAUCUCGCGAAGUUUUGGAAUUCCUGUUUUACAUGGAUUCCCAGUGAAUGCAGAUACUUUCAGUCACAAGUCUACGGUUGCACUUUGAUUUUCAGUGCCUAGAUCUUAUCGGCUUUCCGAUUGUGUUUAAUUGCUGUCUUGCUUUUCAGAAAGCGAUUUACAUCUACGCAGUGCCUGGCUCAUUCGUGGCUUCGAGUAAGUGCUUGACUUUAUUGCAUUAAUCCCUUUGGUCAAAAAACCGGUGGAACUUAUAAUAUCAAAUAGUUUCCCAGUAUGAUGCUUACAUAACAUUUAUGCUUAAUUUGGACAAGCUCCCAUCAGAGAAUAGGCAGGUCGUGUUAGGAGUGAGUAUCAUGUAAAUAUAGUUGGAUCAUCGGAAGCUAGAGCGGCCACCUUUACCUGCAACGAUAAGCACAGGGACAAAUUCUAGCGAGUUUGUUUAUACUGUGGCGGGCUUGCACUACAUACGAUUCACUCUCUACUGCAACGCCCACUUUGACCUGAUGGCAUGACAAAGUUAGGACGGCCGCAGGCGGGCAUAUUUAGGAUGAUCGUGUCAGCGAUAGGAUGAUUACGAUGCCGCAUAGCUGGUUGCAAGUUUUACGGGGGACUACACAAUAUCUAAUGAAGGGUUGUCGACUCUGAAACUGGAUUUUCAAAGGAGACAUUCGAAUCCCUCAUUCAUUUUCGCUGGCGACUUCAAUUGUUGUUCUGUAAUUCCUGCGAGUUACAUCAUUUUCACUUCAAAAACUCACGUUUUCAAAAAUAAACACAGAGAGGUGUGAUCUGACCUGCUGCGCUUGGUAAAAAUGGUGACAGGCUUUUCUUUUCACCCUCCUUAAACUCUCAUUUACACAGCUAAACGGCUUGUCAUCCUCCCAGCAAUAAAUAAUCGCACUGUGUGUUGAGAGGGGUGAACGAGUGGAAGCGACUGACCCACUCUAAAGUUUUCGGGUUUAACGAUGUGUAAUUGAACAGAAACCCCUCUUCCUUGUUUAACCCCAACUUUUCUCUUCUAAACUUUCGCAGUCUACGGGGUUUUAGCACAAUACUAACGUCCAGCAUUAGCUUACUUUGCAGCGUUUGAGGAAAAAAUAUUUGCCUCAACUUGACUACAAAAAUUAAAUUGCACAAAAUGUAAAUUAACAGUGUUGUAAGAAUUAAGGGCGGCUUCUUUACUAUCAUAUAGUAAAUAUAAUAACAUAGUAACAUGCUUAGACAGAUAAGACAUGUUUAGAAAGAUUAAAGGGUACUGUUUUUGGGGAUUUCUCAUUCACUGAUAAAGUUUAUCGUAGGGAGUAUGGGUAAAGGGAAAUUCGGAACACCGUUUUUUUAAUAAACCCCGGGAACUGGCCACCGUGAAAACGAUGGCUGAUCAUUUAGGCCCCCUUUUCAUCGUAAUCUACUGUCAGCCUCGUGGUUUUCGACUACCAUGUAACGAGGCAGAGUGAAAUUCGCCUCGAUCAGUGCAUGUCCCUCAGGUGCCGAUGGUCCGACGAAUCGAAAUUUGUUCACUUCCCUCGCCGUUUUAAUACAAUCAAAUACAGAAUGCAGGCCUCCUUUUAAGAAAUAUGUUAUAAACCACACGAAGUAAAGCAUGGAAAAUAGAAUGGGCAAUGGAUAACGGAGAUGGACUGGAGAUGCAUGGUAAGAGAGGUAAGAGAGAGAUGAAAAUACCGCAGCCCCUUGUGUAACAACCACUCGUUUCUGCUUUUUUGUCUCUGAUUAUGGAUUCGAGUAGGAAUCCGAAACGUAAGGCUAAUAAACAUCUUGUCCGGGCGAUCGUGUCUCCUUCUUCAAGAUGGAAAAGCAAGUCAAGUGGCCGUCAAUGACCUCGGAAGUAAGGCGUUGUGAAAUAGCAAGACUUUUCUCAGAUGUACCAUCACAUGAAGUGUCAUUGGAAAUUCGAAAAAUUUGCUUUGAUAGGUUUGUAAUAUUAAUUAUGUUUUGGCAUACCCGCAAGACGUUUCCACAACGUUGGGAUGCCAGCCUUUGACUAAGCUUUUUGGUCGUCUGCAAAUUCUAUGCUUUGUAGAAAAAUGACCAUUUUAAUAGCUGCAUUUUCCCUUUAAUUUUCGAUCUUACUUUAAAUUCAGUUAUACUGUGUAGAAGACGUGUAUAAAAAAUUGCAUUGUAUUCGUUUGGUGGCAAAUUACUUAUCCAAACUUUCCACUUAGGGCGAAAGCAUUUUAGGUUUUUAAAAACAUCCCUAGUUCCCGAAUAUUUUGGCUCCACCUGUCAUUUCACUUGAACUCUGGGUUUCCAAACUACAUGCUGUAUGCAUUAUGUCUGUGGAAUUUCACGAAUUUAUUUGGAUAAUGAGGAAGGUUUUUUAAGCGCUUCUAUAAUUGUGUGAUAUAUGUGAACCAGGUUUUACACUUUGCAAGUAGCGUUUAUAAACGUGCUGAUGAAUUGCUGUAUAAAUGGGCACUUAACAGCCCCAGAAGUCUCAUAAUAGGAAACUCUCCUUAAAACCAAGAGCUUUUAUCUAUUUGAGUAGAAUAUCUAGAGAAACCAAAUUUGCUACCCAGCAAAAACAAGAACAAUUGAUUUCGUGUAUCUUUUUUAUAGAAUAUAAUCGAAUUGAGGAGGGCAUCGAAAGUCAAUGAAAAAAUGCACACUGUUUAAGUAGCCAUUUUUUACAAAUCCUCGUUGUUGUACACAGUCGAAAUGAAUCUCGUUCAUAUGCUGACAUCUUGGUGUGACAGAAAUGUCCUGUGGCUAUCUUGCACGAAAAUUAGUAUUACAACCCUGCUGAAGUAGUAUUUUAGGACCGAAAGCACAUGGAAUAAUUUUGGUUAGCAUUUCAUUAGGGAGUACAUUUGCCGUAUCAACAAAAAAUAAAUUUUCUAUGUCAAGACUGAAUAUGCUGAAGGGGAAGGUGUUUAAGCAGACUGGUGUGGAAGGCCAAACUGAACUCAGAAAAAUGUCAGCACCCCUUUUCAACUACGCGUUUUGUAAGCCUCAGCCGAGGUUGACUCUGUGCACCGUGUACUACCAUAGCCGAGUUGAAUUGAGCAUCCAGAUUGAGGUGAGAACAUUUCGAUCAAUUAAGAGACCUUCCGUCGACCUGUAUUCUGUGAAAUACGUUUGUCGACAUAUGCAGUGGGUGGGCUAACUCAAGAAAUGUCAACCGAAAUUCCGACAUGUGUUUUCGAUUUGAAAAGAUUAAUCAAGUGGGCUUGUAAAACUAAUGAUUGUGCAGCGUGAUUCGACAAUAAUUCAGUUACCUCAGGUUGCCGGACCUCAAACGAACUUAUUUCCGGCUGCAGCCACAAAUCAAACUCAGCAAAAGAUUACAUUUGUCUAUGUUAUUAAGCGGAUACUAUAUAGGGUUCAUAAUAUUUAGCAAAGGGUUUGCGCUGCAUUGUUAACGUUGCAAGUCACAUUGGUAAAUGAAGAGACAUGACCUUUUACGGACAGUCUUCUUACGGUAUUAAAAACUUUCGCAAAUAGAAAAUCUUUUAAAACCUAGUUUCAUCCUUCGUUCGAGUACAAAAUUUUAAAUUUAAUGUACUACCAAAAGAGCAAAAGGAUGGAUAUUUUUAUGCAUCUUUCCCAUGGAAUACAAUUGAAUUUUUAAGGGCAUCGAAAAUAAAUGAUAAAAAGUUCAUGUUAUUUAAGUAGUCAGUUUUACUGAGUACUGGAAUCACAAUGUACAACAAUUAGGUUUCGGUCAAUUAUUCAUGAGUUCGCCCACCUACUGUAGGAAAAAGAUCUUCACGAAAUAGGCGCUGAUAAGUAAAUUCUUGAACAUAUGGGAUUGUUCUGAAAAGGUACAGCAUAGGAGAGAAAACUCAUUAUUGAUGUCAAAUGUUGAGCUACGAAAAUUCCCAUGGAUGGACUCAGAAUAACAAAUAGCAAGCAUAGGUGCGCAACCGAGGAAUUCUUGUUAUCCCAGUUUAUGUAUAUGUGGAUUCGAUACAAAUAAAACAUGUAGGUGAUAAGAUAGGUCGAUUACAGUUCGUUUUUCAUAUAAGUACGGAUAAUAAAUUGCGAUCGCAACUUAGGUUAUAUCUUUGCAAUCAUCACCGCAGAAACCAACAAAGUUUUCUUCUUAAUUGCUGUAAGGUAAACACAUCUACCAAGCAAGUUUACGUUGGCGGUGGAAACGGCAAAGUUUGCCUUACUUUUUAGACUUCUUUCUAAGCAGAUCUGACGAUAGCGCUAUGGUCAAAUCAAAUUUUUCUAGCAUAUGGCUGUCUUUCGUUUGCCUGAGGUCAAAAAGAUUAAGCGUUUUUUGUUGCCAGAUACAACGUAGGCGUCACUGUGACAACGGAAUCCUUUUUCAGAAAAAACACUGAAAUGCUACUGAUGUUUGCUUUUAAUCAUUUUCUAAACUGCCCGUUCCUCCGUUCAUCGUUUUUAGGAUAGAUAGAUAUAAUGUACAAUAAACUAAAUGUCGCCUGACGGAGUAACUAUAGUGGGAUAUGUAAAGGCCUACCGGGCUUUCCCUGCUUUUCAAAAAUACAUAUUGUUAACAAAUUGGUCAGAUUAAUGAAAAAAGCGAAGUCUCCUUGAAAACACCAACUUACACUGAUAAAUUUUCUAGACGUCAGCAUCAGUCCGUCUUUAGACUAAGCGCACUGAAUAGGAAUGGCUAGGCAAAGAAAAACAAGGUCCAUGGUUGUCAAAAAGCUGUAGGCACGUCGGAAGCGGGCGCUACAGUUUUUGAACAGCGUAUGAUUCACUGGUCAACUAGCGGUCCUUGUGUAGCUGUAGAGUUUUACACUGACACGUCAUCGUCAAACUAUCCAUUUUUCUCCUAAGUUAGAAAGCCAAUGGAUCGUAUUUUUUACAUCAUUCUUUCAGCUCAUUUAAGGGCCCUGUUCUUCCAAACUUUCAGGUUUUCUGAUCCCCGCAGUCGAAUAACUGUUCCCCUUAACAGAGUGAAAAUGUACGUAUGUCAGCCAGCUUUUAGAAUGCUUCCCUUGCCUAUUUUCGCUUUGCGAAAUCUCAAGAUUAACUCUUCUCACGAGGUAAAUUAUCUGCUUAAAUCCUGAUACCUAAAAUCCUGGACGAAAAGAAAAACGUUCUAGAGAAAAUUUCUAAACUGUUUGCAAGUAUUUAUGCACUGUUCAGAGGCCUUAAAACAGAAGAGGUAAGUCGUCAACCGUCCGAUUUCGGGACAUGACAAGAUCCUGUGUGAACCAAUCGCCUUAAAUUAGAUUUCAAUAUUUUAUUGCCAAAAGGUCAAGCUGGUCAAAUGUCCAUCAAAAACGCAGGUGAAAAUCAGCCCUUCAAAUAAAGGUGUGGUUCAGGGAUAUGGGAAAAUAUUUAUAAAAGAUCACUGGCUCUUAUUGAAAAUUUAGUUUAAAUUAGGGGUUUGUUGAACAUCGAUCUAAUUAUACGAUAACAUUAAAGUGGCAGUUGUUUUCGAAAGGCGUUAGUUACUUAGGGAUGGUGCAGAUUGGCGAGAUGGCCUGGUUGUAAGACGAACGAGAGGUUCUGCUUAUAUUUCACUUUUCCGAGCAAGAGGCCACGCAGGUACUCGCAUAAUGACAGGCAAUCAAACAUGAACUGGAAUAGCCGUUGUCAACUUUUCUGUAAGAUAUAGUUAUAUAGCCCCACCUGAUGGUCGCAAUACUGUUGGCGUUGGGGCAAGGGGUUAAAGUUGGGGGUUAAGGCAUCUACAGUGCGUGACCUAUCUCGUGAACUUUUGGCUGAAAUUCUGAAAUGGGUUUUCGAUUAGGAAGGAUUACUUGGUCGCGAAUGUAAUACCGAUUAUCAUAAGGCAUAGUCUUAUAACAUUUUGGAUUUGGCAGGAUGUCGGCUUUUAAAUGCACUUCUUUUCAAUCUCUAUUAGAAAGCGCGCUCGGUAAAAAUGACUACUUAAGUAGCAUGCAUUUUUCUUAUUGAUUUUCGAUGGUCUUGGAAAUUCAAAUAUAUUUUAUAGAAAACACAAACAAAAAUAUGCUUUUUUUAGUCAAUUAAUAGAGAAUUACGUCUUGUUUAUAUUUUAUACUUAAGGAAGGAGUAUAAAUAGGUCUUAAAAAUUUUCUAAUUAUGAGACUUCUUAAGACCGCGAUAUGUCCAUUUACAUAGCAUCGUACCUGGCCGUUUACCACUGCUCCUCAUGAAAUGUACAACAUGGUCCGCAUUCAUUGCAAAAUUUUAUGGACCCUGUAUGAUAUCUUUUUAAUGACAAAGAAAAAUAUGGGAUUUUAUUUACGCGGAACGCAUGCACCUUGUAGAUUGUAAUCACUAGGCGCUAAUGCAACGAAUGAUCAGACCCCAAAUUUUUCGGCAAUUAGAAAACUUUUUUAAAACCUAAUUAUACUCCUUUCUUAAGUAUAAAAUAUAAACAGGACGAAAUUCUCUAUUGAUUGACUAAAAGAAAGUAUUUUUUUGUUUGUGGUUUCUAUAAAAUAUAUUUGAAUUUCCAAGACCAUCGAAAAUCAAUAGGAAAAAUGCAUGCUACUUAAGUAGUCAUUUUUACCGAGCGCGCUUUCUAAAAGAGAUUGAAAAGACGUGCAUUUAAAAGCCGACAUCCUGCCAAGUCCAAAAUGUUAAAAAAGUAUGCCUUAUGAUAAUCAGUAUUACAUUCGCGACCAAGUAAUCCUUCCUAAUCGAAAACCAAUUUAAGAAUUUCAGCCAAAAUUUCAUGAGAUAGGUCACGCACUGUAUUUCUCAACCACUCAAAGUACAACCACGCAUUCCAAAUAGCUUUCAUUUUGCAUACAACUGUUUGACCUCGUCGAAUGUGCGUUUCCCGGUCCCACCUGUAAAAACCCCCAACUACCACCGGUACUGUAUUACAGGUGCUUGGGGUUUGGGGUGGUGGGGCUGCAUAACCACAUCUACCCAACUUUUCCACCGAGGACUUUUUUUCGUGAAAGGAAUUCAGGCUUGAGAAGUUGGACACACAGGUCCUUCUGACUGGAAUUUUACCUGUAGUGAGCCACUGAUCUGUCAGGCGCGUCCACCUGUGAUGGCCUACAAAGGGCGACUUCUUUGGUCGGACGCAUGGAUAAGCACACAGCAGCACGCUUUUCUUGCCAACCAAUCAGGGGCUUCUGCGCAUGACUGACCACCCAUUGCCGAAGUGAAUAUUUGUUCUGUCCCGUCGGGACACGCGCCCCCCACCUGGUUCACCUGGGUGAGGCGUAUUGUCAAGUCUCGAUUUUUUGGGGCCUCGAUUCAAGGCUGGACCCUUCCAGUGGCGUCUCUUGCCGGGAGGCAAGGACUCAAGUAACGCACGAGUGGUGGUAAUAUAUGUUUAACUGUUGGGACAAAUGAAACUGAGAGAUAGCUGUUUCCGAUAAGAAAAACAUUAGAAGUUAGGAGUUGUAAACGGGCGAAAAAAAAUUAAAAAGGAGGAAUUCGGUUGUAUAUGCCGAUCGAACUGACCCCGACCGGUGACAACCAAUCACAUUGAAGGGGAAAGUGUGCAGAUGUCGUUAACUCCGAUGCUAAUGGUGGCCGCAGACGAAGAUAUAGUUGAAUUAUACUACGAUGAUGGCUUCACUCCUAAGCCUUAGCUUACGACGAAAGCCUAGAUAUAACCCUCAAUACUAAGCCUAGCCCUAACCUCUACCUCUUAUUCCCUAUCCCCACACCCUAAUCCUAAACUCUGGCCCUAACCGCUCACCCUAAUAUUAAAUUUAAAUUUGCCCCUAAUGGUAGUUCGAGGGAGGCUUAAAUGGAGUUGGGGGGAGAGGGAAUGGCGUUGGAUUAAGUCUAGUGACAUAAGACGGUACUUCAAAGAGGUAAAGGCUAGGUGAGGCCACAUGCUUAAUUUUCAGCCUCUCAACUACUUCUAGAUCGACCUAAUGCGGUCUCAUAAUGGGCAAACUACGGAUACUAAUUUAGUUUUUGUGAUAGCCUACCAAUAAAGAAGGAUGUUGAGACUAUCAGAUGCAACUGGAAGUAGCAGAGGUCGGGUGUGAGGACGUUUACUAAUGUAGACUGGCCGUUUAAUAAAAUCUCGGUAUCUGAUUAUAAUUGGGUUCGCUUGUGCCCGCACUCUAAGCGGUCGCACAAAGAUAACAAACAAAAAUCGAUAUCACAGGUCGACGUCUGAAGAAGAUACAAGCAGACCAGGAAAUCGCAUAUCCUUCUAAUAUGACUUUUAAUAUCGGUCUUGACAGUUGCAGGGGGACGCUAAAAGGUCCAGAAGUAUGGUUAUUCAUUUGCGCAUUAGGUUGAAGUUUAAAAAUACGAAUCCGUCUGUAAAUGUUGAUAAAGGAUGUGUAUGUCAACAUGGAAAAUAUAUUGGAUGAAUACUGGAGGUAAGUGCACAAGCAUCAAUGGUUAAGCAUGAGACGAACGGCAGUCAGAAAACUUAAAUAACGACCUAAAAUACCAGAUACGCACAGUUUUCGGUGGCCGUUUCUGCUUGCAAAUUGCGCUCCUCCAUUCUUUUCAAGUCCUCAGACCCCUUUCGCUUAGAAAACCCUUCAUUGUUAUUACGUUUUUUUUAUUUACAGGGCAAGGGAAAGAUAAAACGAAGCGCUACUGUGAACAAGGCUCGACUGAAACAUUUUGUCUAUCGUCGGAAAUGGCAGGUAGGAUUGGGUAGACUGGCUAUUUGCUUUCUACGCAUAAAUUGAAUAUUUUCAUGUGGAAAUCAAAUGACAACAUUGUAACCACAUGAUUUCUAGGAAAACGACUCCAGAGAACACUGGUCCUGCAGACAAUGUCCUUGUCUGGCUAAGGUUUGUUAGGAUUUAGGCCGCUUUCAGAGGGGAAAUCUUCGGGUAGCGUGUUUUUUUAACAAAUAACUGAGAGUAGGCAGUAAGUACGAUUCGGUAGGGCUAACACCUCCGAGGGGAUCAUCACUUUUCAAAGAGAGGACUGGAACUGGAAGAAGAAGAAUUGGUAGUGGUAGUAGUAGUUGUUGUUGUUGUUUUUGUUUUUGUUGUUGUUGUUGUAACAGCUGCACCCACAGUAGUGCCAGCAAUAUUAUUGUCAUUAGUAGUAGCAGUAGUAGUAGCGACAGCAGUAUUAACAGCAGUGGUCGUGUUAAUAAUAGUAAUAGUAUUAGCAGUAGUAGUAGUAGUGGUAGUAAUAUUAGUAGUAGUAGUAGUAGUAGUAGUAGUAGUAGUAGUAGUAGUAGUAGUAGUAGUAGCAGUAGUAUUAGUAGUCGUAGUGGCAGCGGCAGCAGAAGCAGUAGUAAUGACAGUGAAGAGAAAUAUCCGCGGGAAGUGCGGGAGUUUGCAGAGUCUGCGCACAGAAACUCAAGACCUUCGUGGAGGUAAAAUUUAAAUCGUGUGACUUUGCCAAAUGCUAUGUUCCGAUCCUGCCAUAGAUGUAUUUCAGUAAAUAUUUAUCUGAAUCACCAGACUAUGGAAGACGAGUAUCAAGAUAAAAUUAAUAUGACCCUACUCUAAAACACUUUAACUAAUUUAAGGAAUGGUUGCUAUUAAAUGUCAUAAUGUAUAUUCAGAGGAAAAAGAUAUGAUCGUUGGGACAAGAAAUUUAUUGGCCUGCCGGUUAGAAUUCUCAUUUUAACCCACCAUCAGAAGCAGCCGCAAAACGGUAGCAGAGGCGCAGGGAGUGCAGUUUUUCGACAACCACGUGUCUGUAUAAUGAAUGGCACUCGCGUUCUUAUCCAGGAGCCUUGUUUGAUGUGAUGCUUGCCUGUCGGACCGUGCCCGAGUAGUUAAUUGGUGUGAUUUCAUCACUGUUGUGGAUUAUUAACAUGACGACUACUUAAAAGUUUCGUUCACUGUCACCAGAACUAUUAAUCGUCCGCAUUCCCCAAGCAUGGCUCAGGCAAAAUAGCAGCACAGUAUGCCGAGGCGGAAGGUCACUGCGCCUUUUUAUUGAGAACCAUGAUUCAAGUAUCUUGCGGCUCACGUAAGGUCAUGAAGCUGAGUGACGAAUGACCGAACAUACAGCAGCAGCAGCGGCAGUAGCAGUGAGGGAGAAUUACACCAGGUACCAAACCGCGGCUCAUUCCACGGGACCCAGCUUGACUUAAGAUUAUUUCCCAUUGCAAUUUAUUCAAGGCUUGCAUUAUGCUUUUAUGAGUUUGCUUGCCUCCCAGGGUCCAUUCAGGUUUGGUUGAGGCCUUCGUUUCAAGACGGAACAACUUGCUGGGAGCACUGAACUCGACAAUAUGAGGAAGAUUGAUAGAAUAGGUCGAGCGCCAGAAAGACUGUCGCUUUUUAUUUAGAACUCCCUAACCUGGCUUCAGAUCUACCCACAGCUGGACAGGAAAUCAAACUAGAUGACAAAUUCACCUUAAAAUUCUGCAAAUCAACGUCCACGCCGAGUCCUGCUUUCAUACUGCAGGUUACAAAAGUGUACAUCAAAAUUGCUAUCCCGUCCUACUAAGAUAAAUAAGGUACUCAUUUUGGUUCCCGCAACUAGUCUGGAGUAAGUGGACUUCAAGAAUGUGUCCGCUAGGAGUCUGGUUAUUCUGGUGCCCUCCUCUAGAAAAAAAUGUGCGAGUAGGCAAAUAAACUGCUUAUUUGGGAUGUACGAUACGCACGCUGGAACAAGACUAUUCAACUCACAGUCCAUUAACAAGAGCAAUGACCCCCCACCGCAUAUCCUGCGUUGAGACUGCCUGAGCGGAGUAAUUAGUUAACGGGGGAAGUAGCAGACUACCGCUGCUUUCGGUAGCUCUUGUCGGUGGGUCAAAGGACUGAGUAAUAAACAGUAGUUAAAAUGCACUUCCCAGGUGGCAUAUCAAAGGCAAACGGGCAUUCACCGCUACUCGAGACAUCAGACAGCAGGUGAACGCCCAUUCUUCUUUUGGUCGAGUAAUUAUCAUGCCGACGACCAACACGAGGGAUGAAAUUACGAGCGAGGGCUGGUGGUGACCAAGUCUUCAUCGCCCCCAGUUCCACCACAUGGCGAUGAGCGGGGAAGGGUUUUUCUUCGGCCUCGACAUAAAGUCCACUGUUAACGUCCGUCUUUGAAUCGACUAGACACACUUGAUCGACUGGAGCACCUGUCUUUUGGUCGGUAGUAUGCCGGAUAUGGCUCUUGAAAUCAGUGAAGGAUCAGAAGGAAACUUUUACAGCCAGAUCCACGUGACAAUAAUUAAAAAUGUUCAACAGUCUGUCUGGUGCGGUAGACAAAAUACGUAUGCACAAUUCGCAAAAGGGUGUACUUUUACCAAUCUUGAUGAUCAACAACAUAGGUGGGACAUUCUGGAAUAGAAGGGGAAGUUAGUCGGAAUCAAACGAAUCGCAGUAUGUGGACUGCGUUCGAAUUCCAAUCGGUUCGUCGGAAAAAAUCAAACGAUGAGCUUUCAACUUAAAUGAAAACUUAUGUGUAUCGCCUUCAGCAGAAGGGGAGGACUGAAGGUAGUCGAGCUCUGUCUGUGAGGAGAAAUGCGAACUGCUAUUACCUGUCUGUGCUAGUUGCAAGACGUCAUGCGAGAGUCCCUUUGGGCAUUUGAGUUCAAGUCUGGCAUACAUGGAGACUGUCAGUCGGCAAAGCUGACGGUUUAUGACUUGUUUUUGUCGUGGAGCGUUUAGUCGCUGCAGCCAGCUUAGAUUUUAUCGAUAGUCUUCACAACAAGAGUUUUUUGGGAAAAUUCUUACAGCUAGAUUCGGGAAGGUAAUGACCGAACGUACGUCCGCUUUCAAACUAUUUUCAGCAAGCGGUGUAGCUAACGCGCGUCGGUCUUACGCGUACGGAAGAACGUCAUGCAGACACCGUUCAAAGGUCAGCUGACCUGAUGCCCGCAUGUAAUCUUUUGUGUUUUUCGCACACCCCUCCCUCCGUCCACGGGUUUUCCCAAUUUUCCCCACAUUUGCCCUGAUCAUCAUUACCCGCCGCUUAUUCCCCUUUCGUAAUCUACACCUCUGGCUUGCGUGAAAAGGUGGACAUUGCUUGAUUUUCCCGACUACCCAUACCUCUGAAUGUUAGGGGACGAGUAUACGCGUCCCCCCCCCACCCUGAAGUUCCUUCUUCUAUAGAGGUUUCUCUGUCGAGAGCGAUUGUCUGUAUACCGCUCCUGAAGUAUGACGCAGGGCCACCCGAAUGCAAAAAUUGUGUUUUUUGCGGACGGGGCCUUUCAAGAGAGCAAAGGUGGAAAUCUGGAGUAUGUAGAGGGUGCAAUUUGCCACAUGCUUGUUGUAGUGGGUAAAACGGUUGCUCUGAGAUAAAUAUGGUUUUUUUCCUUUUAUAUAUCAGGUUUUUCUCCCCUAAAAAGCCCCUAUCACCACAUUGCCCACAUUACAUGUGACUUUGGGGGUGCAUAUGUCCCUUACCGACUGUUUUAAGUAAUAUUUUACGACGUAAAUGAGCUGAAUGAGUGUGGAUUUACCAAAAGUCGAAGCAUAUUCACCCGCUAUGCAUCUGGACAUUGUUAGGACUCGACAUGGCCGAUUUCAGUUAAUGCAGGUAGUUGGUAGCUCUGUCUUCUUCCUACAGACUUUCUUAAAAAUGACGGCAUCACGUUUGCCCAGCACUCGAGGAUGGCUUCCUCAGCCCGAUAUCUUUUUAAUCAUAUCUUUGAUCGCGGAUUUAAAUUAUAAUGCAAGAACUGCCCUUGACAACCAGUAAAAGGGCCAUAUGAAGCCGUUCGCUUUUCCUUGUGUCAAAUCGCUAUCCUAACCAUGCUUGCCUACUAUUUGUAGAAGGCUGUCAAUGCGAUCAUUGCCCUACAACGGAUGGGUGUUGUUCUCACACACAACAACGAGAAAACCAACAUACGCAAAUUUCUGCAGAUGGGCCCCUCAAAAACCGUUGCACUCACACGGCGCGCCUCUAUACAGCCGCCUCCAAAGGAAGUUCUGCCUGUCACGGUGGACAUUAAGCGCAAUAAGUCCUUCCAAAGCGGUUCCCCACCAGCCCUACGGAAGCCAGCAUCAAACACUUCCACUGAUACGGGAAACUCUGUCAGUCCAGCCGGAAAGAGUCAGAAGGAAAACGCAACCGUCCCUCCAAAGCAAAAUUCUGGCCCCAACGCAAUAAAGACUAAUGAAAUGAAAUCGCCACCUGCCGCUGCUACUCAAAAGGCGCCGACAAUUAUUGAGCCGUCAAAGAAGGAAGAGAGGGGUCUACCGCGUAACACCGUCCAGGAGCCGAGUAAGGUCGCGGAGCAGAAGAAGGAGAAUUCUCAGCUGCCUCGCAACGACGACAAACAGCCAAAGAGGACUCAAGAGCAGGAUCGAGGUAAGCCAGCGGUACCAGGCGGCACUGUCCAAGAACAGACGAAGAGUCAGGAACGGGACAAGAGGGCAACACAAGUGACUCCCAUUGAAAUCCGGGAACCCACAAAAACUGCAGAAGCUCCAGGCCCCCUGAAGGAACAGAAAUCAAACAGUACGCCAGCACCCAAACCAACGUCCCCGCGCCCGCAGAAUUCGCUGCCUCCCAAGUCACCCAUGCCGUCCGAAGUUGUUGCCUCCAGCAGUCGGAAGACCUCCAGUGCGUCUGUUGCUUCAACGGCCUCGAGCGCCCGGUCGGCAGCACAGAAUUUGGUGGCUGUAAAGAUGGCCAGUCUGUCAAGAAACACUCCCAGCAUAGCCAGUCGCAUCCAGAUGUUUACGGCUGCUGCAGAGGCGGCUGAGAAGAAGGGCGCGACGGUUAAGAACAGGAAAAAAUUCUCUCUCUACCAAUAG